AUUGAAUGUUGUAUAUUUUUUCAAAGAAAUAUAUUUCGGACUCUCAGUUUUUCUUGUGUUACGAACUAUUUAUUUUCUAUAAAAAUGGAAGAUUUAAACAUGAAACCUAAUGAUAAAUGUCGGAAUGCAAAUGAAUCGAAUUUAGAAACAAAGCCAGGAUUAUUAGUAAUCAACUCCUAUUUAAACCAAAUAAAUCCAGAUUUGAAAGAUGUUCAAUCUGAAAUCAGAGAAGUUGUUGGCAAACAAAAAUCGCUUAUAGAUGCUAUGCUCAAAGAAAAUGAAGAACUAUCUAAUUUAUUAAAUGAAUCAGAAGUUCAAAAUAUGUUCUCGUCCAUUAAACAUUGCCACGGGCAGCUUGUUGAAUUAAAAAAAAAACUCAUGUUUUUACAUAAGAAAACUAUGACAUUAGAAAAAAGAGCUAAUGUGUUGCGUGUAGCUAAACAAAGAGAAGCACUACAAAGAGAACAUCAGAAAGAAUCGAUGUUGGUACGGGAACAAGAACUAAUAUCAAAACAGACAUAGAAUUAUGCACUUAUAAAAGUACAGGGAUAAUUCAUAUUGAACUAAAUAUU